AUCAGACACGACAUAGACACAAACAGGGUUUUUAUUACACACAGACACAUACAUAUGCAUGUAUCUAUAGGCUGUCUUUGAAAAGCUAAAAGACAAGACAAACAAACGGCUUCUUCUUCUUUAUAUACACACCCUGCUUGCCACCCGUUAACUCAUCACACCAUCUUGCUUAAUCUGUCUAAUAAUCUCUUGAUUCUUUUUUUAUUUUUUGUCAUUUUAUUGUAGCCCAAGUUUUUGUUUUACUUGUUUUUGUGUCAAGAUUUGAUUUUGAUUGAGGAUUUGUGGUGUUUGGGUGGUUUGAUUGAAUACCCAUUAGGCCAUUUGGUGAAAGUUGUGAUCUUUAUUGGGAGUUUGAUUGCGUUGUGGUUGGAUUUGUGUUUUGAUCUUGUUGUGUUGGAAUUGAGAGAUGUGGAGUUGGGUGAAUAGGUUUUGUGAGAAAGUGUCUGCAAUGGUGGAAGGGGGAUCUGGUUAUUGUUCUAAGAAGUCUGAUGAUUUUUGUGGAUCUGAUUCUGAUGAGGAAUCUGGCCGUGUUCUGAGCAUGUCAAGAUUACGUUGCAUAAUGAGGGGAAUAGAUUUGAAAACAUAUCUCUUCUUUUUCGUUAUGAUCCCAACUUGCGUACUUGGUGUAUAUAUGCAUGGACAGAAAAUAUCAUAUUUCUUGAGGCCUCUAUGGGAAGCACCACCUAAACCAUUUCAUGAAAUUCCUCACUAUUACCAUGAGAAUGUGUCGAUGGAGAAUUUGUGCAAACUUCAUGGUUGGGGUAUCCGUGAGUUCCCUAGACGGGUAUAUGAUGCAGUUUUAUUCAGUAAUGAAGUGGACCUCCUUACAAUUAGGUGGAAAGAAUUGCAUCCUUAUGUAACAGAAUUUGUUCUGCUAGAGUCAAAUUCAACAUUUACUGGAUUGCCUAAACCACUUGUUUUUGCCAGCAACAGAGAUAAAUUUAAAUUCAUUGAAUCACGGUUGACGUAUGGUAAAAUUCCUGGAAGAUAUCAGAGAGGUAAAAAUCCAUUUGUCGAGGAGGCAUAUCAACGGCUAGCAUUGGAUUUUCUUCUUAAGCAAGCUGGUAUUCAAGAUGAUGAUUUGUUGAUAAUGUCAGAUGUUGAUGAGAUACCAAGUCGACAUACUAUCAAUUUAUUGAGGUGGUGCGAUGACACACCCCAAGUCCUUCAUCUACGGUUGAAGAACUACCUUUACUCUUUUGAGUUUCUGUUGGACAAUAAUAGUUGGAGGGCUUCAGUUCAUAGAUAUCAGUCCGGAAAGACGAAAUAUGCACAUUAUCGCCAGUCAGAUGACAUCUUAGCAGAUGCUGGAUGGCACUGCAGCUUCUGUUUCAGGAAUAUAAAAGAUUUUGUAUUUAAGAUGAAAGCAUACAGUCAUUUUGAUCGAGUGAGGUUCAAUAAAUUCUUGAAUCCUAAAAGAGUUCAGAAGGUAAUUUGCAAAGGGUCCGACUUGUUUGAUAUGCUUCCAGAGGAGUACACUUUCAAGGAUAUCAUAGGGAAAAUGGGGCCUAUACCCCAUUCGUAUUCUGCUGUUCAUCUUCCAUCCUAUCUUCUGCAGAAUGCUGACUUCUAUAGAUAUCUACUGCCCGGUAAUUGCAUAAGAGAAAGUGGCUGAUUUUCAAUCUCUUCUGAGUACUCAUCUACUUUUGCAAAGGAAGCCGGAGAUGCAGCUGUUCUAUGAGUGACUGCGGUGUGUUACUUUGACAACCAUGCUACUUGUCCAGCAAUAUUAGUUUUAUUCUUUUAGAAAUGUUUGAAAAUCUAGCUGUCUAGAUUACUGUUCAGAUUUCUAGGGUGAUGUUCUGUAUAUAAGAGUAAAGUGGUCCAGAUGGGGUAAUACUUGAUCAUAUCGAUGUCCAAAUUAGGGAGGUUGUGAUGGUGAGAAUGACCUAGUUGUUCUCAGGGGCGUUUGUUUCAUGGUUUGUCGCUAUAGCCUGAACCUACCCUUUCUUAGAAAAAUGCCCAGGAAAAUAUACAUGAUUGUAGUUCUCACUCCAUUAUGUAGGAGAUUUUGAUUAUGAGACUAAUCUUUUCGUAAUAGUUUUACAU